AUGAAACUUUGAAAGGCUCCUGCCUUCUCCUGAUGUGGCUUCACUUAGUUAAGCUUCACUGAAUCAGGAAGUCUCACUAACAUCGGUUAAGCUGCUCUCACACAAGUACUGAGCUCCUCAUUAUCUGGAGGGGCUCUAUGUGAGAACACUAAUGUCUGCCUGAGAGCUUCAGGAGUUUCUGCAGCCGGCCACCUCGUAAAAACUCUGACAUUUUCUAACAUGCGGCAGAUUGGAAAAUGUAAAACACAAACUACCUCAGGAUGAAAAGGCAGGUAGAAGACGCUGACCAAGAUGUCAUAAGGUUUUGGUGAUAAGAGCAGACGCAGGUGUUGAUGUGAUGUAAAUAAAAACAAUCUCCAUAGCAGAAUCAAUACGUUACUUCCUGCCUCUACCUGCUGCACCACCCCUCACAUGGACACUGAGGAGGAAUCUGUGAGUCUGAGCGGAGAAUCUGCUGCUGCAUUGUUGUGAAAGCCAAACUCCGGUGAGAUCAUGAGGGUUAUUACAUGUAACAUGAUGGUGAACUUAACAUCAUUUGUAUCAUCAUGGUUGAUGCACUCAUUGCUUUGGAUAAAAGCAUCAGCUAAAUGAAUUGUAAUGUAAAAUAUUAUAGUUAAAAACGACAUUUAGGCCUUUAGGAUGAAGAGAAACGCAGUCAAGUGACAACAAUGUGCUCAGAGAAAGAGUUGAGGUCUAAAACAAGUCAAAGCAGCUCUUUUGUCAUUUGAAUAAACUGGACAGAGGAUGAACCAAACACUGACUGUUACUCAUCUAAGUUCAGACCUGUCAGUCUGUUGUUUUGGUCCCUACACUCGUGCAUGGCGUUGUUUUCAUUCUCUGUACUAUUGCGCUCUCUACAGGUCAGUUGUGGGUACUAGCACAGAGACCAGGCCAUUAUUGAGGAAGAAGUUACAGUCAUUCAACAACAAUAACCCACAGUGUCAAAAAUAUGUUAUGAAUUCACUGCACUGUUAGAAGUCAGGUCUGUUUUUUUAAUCCUGCCAGUAAGGAAGUUAUGUGUGGUUGUUAUGCAAAAAACUACCGGACAGAUCACCACAAAACUAGGUGGACUGAUGCAAUAUGGGUCAGACAGCUUCAACAUUUGUCUUGAUUUCUUAGAGAAUAAUUCAUGGAUCUUGAUGAUAUUUAUAAGUUUGUGCAAUUUGAUGCAGAUCCCCCCCAAAAUCUAAGAAUCAAAAUUACAAUUGUCUGAAAAGAAACUAAUGUAAUUAAAAACUAUUCAGUUGAGUUAGCAAAAAGAAAUAAAAUCUCAAAUACACAUAAGAAAUCUUCAUGCAGUCAUUAUCAAACAAAACCAUGCCUGAGGUCAUCUGGGACAGUGGGUAAAGUGGGACAGCUCAGCUCCAGACUGUUUGAUUUCCUGUUCUAACAGAAUCAAGUAAACAGGGCUGCAACUAUAAGUUAACAUGAAGUCAUGUGACUGAAAUCACAUGACCUUGUGGGGGGUGGUGUCACAGAAAGGGGCGGGGUAAAUGUCAGUCAGAAGCUUGGAAUCACAUGACUGUGAUUCAUUAAACAGGUUUGACAGCAGCUAACGUUGUCCUCCAGUCCAGCAGAGGUCACUGUUCGCCGCGCUUGGCUCUCCUCGAAGCAAACUAUCGUUGACGCGGAAGUCGGUGUCUGUAUUUACCUCCAGCUGACUCUUUGUUUGCUCUGGGACUCGAACUGCGAAAAACAACGGGACGAUGUGCGCCGUGCAGCUGAUGCGGGUGUCCGUACACGAGCGGAUCAACGCCGCGGCUGAAGACUUCCUGCUGCAGGCGGACAAAGGGCCGGAAGCGGCUCGGGUCCUGAUGCUGAGGCCGCUGCUCAUCGAGCGGCUGACGGCGGCGGCGGAGGAGAUCGUCGGCCUGUUCGAGGAAACCGUGGCGGAGUACGAAGACAGAGUGGAGCGGUCAGAGCGGGAGAUCUGCCGCCAGAGGAGGCUGCUCGAUGCCGUGUUGAAGCCCGAAGUCAGGCUGCACCGAGCAGACGUCCAGCAACUAAAGGUGAAUGAGGCAGCAGUUCCUUCUGGGUAUCAGGAUUGGAGCCCCAGUGUGGACCAGGAGGACUCAGAGCCCCCACAAAUUAAAGAGGAACAGAAUGAACUGUGGAUCAGUCAGGAGGGAGAGCAGCUUCAAGGACUGGAGCAGACUGAUAUUAUCAAGUUCACAUAUACUCCUGACACUGUUAAACCUGAAGGAGAUGAAGAGGAACCCCAGUCCUCACAGCUUUAUCAGAGUCAGACUGAAGAGAACAGAAAGGACUGUGGACGACCAGAACCAGCCAGGAACUCUGGUCCUGAUGUACAUUUACAACCAGGUCCUGAGGACAAGACCAAGAACUCUGAUGUUGAUGGGAUAGAGACCAGGGAACCUAAGCCUGUAAGUGGUAUGAGAUGUACAACUGACAAGAAACCAUUGAACUGCUCAGAGUGUGGCAAAAGAUUUAGUCGUAUGUACUAUCUGAAGGCACAUAUGACAGCUCAUACUGGAGAGGAACCAUUUAGUUGUUCUGAGUGUGAUAAAAGAUUUACCCUCAAGGAACAUCUGAAGUCACAUGUGAAAAUUCAUACAGGAGAGAAACCGUUUAGUUGCUCUGAGUGUGGGAAAAGAUUUAGGAUAAAGGGAGACAUGCUCACACAUGUUUCAGUUCAUACAGGAGAAAAACCGUUUAGCUGCUCUGAGUGUGGUAAACAUUUCAGGCUGAAGCGUCAACUGCAAACACACGAGACAAUUCAUACAGGAGAGAAACCAUUUAGUUGCUCUGAGUGCGGCAAAAGAUUUGGUCAAAAGGAAUAUCUGAGAUCCCACAUGAGAACUCAUACAGGAGAGAAACCCUUCACCUGCUCUGAGUGUGGUAAAAGUUAUCACCAUCAUGCCGGUCUGCAGGCACACAUGAGGAAUCACACAGGAGAGAAACCGUUCAGUUGCUCUGACUGCGGUAAAAGAUUUAAUCAUAAGAGCUGCCUGCGGGUACACGAAAAGAUUCAUACACGACAACAACCGUUCAGUUGUUCUGAGUGUGGAAAAAAAUUUGACCGUGAGAGUCGUCUGAAGAUGCAUGAAAAGAUUCAUGCACGAGAUCAACCGUUUACCUGCCUUGACUGUGGACAAAGAUUUAGUUAUAAGGCCAAACUGGAGGCUCAUUUCAGAGUUCAUACAGGAGAGAAACCAUUUAGUUGCACUGAGUGUGGUCAAAGUUUUAGUCGAAAGGAUAGUCUGCAGAUACACGUCAGACUUCAUACAGGAGAGAAACCACUCAGUUGCAACAUUUGCAACAAAAGAUUUAGCUGGAUUUAUCAGCAAAAGGCCCAUCGGUGUAUUGGUCAGUCCUCACAGCUUCAUCCGAGUCAGACUGCGGAGAACAGAGGGGACUCUGAUGGACCAGAACCAGCCACGAAUUCAGGUCCUGAUUGACAUUACUGUGUUCAAGACUGAAGACUUUUCUGAACCUGAGUCUGAAGACAGCCACGCCGGUUAGAAAUAGACAAUGGGACCUCAGUCCUGUCUGGACACAAACAAUUACAAACUCACUGUAAGUAGCAUUGUUUGGUUUGUGAGGUAGGUACUGUAAAAAUUCAUGUCUUCUUAAAUUUAAGCUUCUUAAAUUGACACCAACAUAUAGCAUGAAACCCACGUGUUCGUUUUUGUUCAGGACAAUCUUAGCUUUCAACAAACAGAGGAUCAACUUUGAGCUAGAGCAUCGUGCAAAGCGAUAAUUUGGCCCUAAAGUUGAAAAAGUUUAAUGCAUUUGUAGAAAUUCUUCAAGUCUGUUGUGAAAAUACACCUUCACACAUGUUGAUGAAUUUUUUUAGUGCUUGAAAUGGAUUUACUGAAAUCUUAGAAUCAUAACAAUAGUGGAAUAUAUGUAUCAAUUGUGACAUCUG